AUGAAGGCCUCCAGCUCGACGGAAGGGUUCUUCCAAGCCCAGCCAUCAGUGGAACCUCAGAUCGAAGAAGAUGGAGUGCUUCGUCGUAUUGUGUCCCUGCAUCUGCCAUCUCCAUUACCACAGAGUAUGGAGCAGGACUUGACUCGAUUUUCUAAACUGGUUUUAUCCCGAACAACUCUAGAGUAUGCUGCUGAAGCUGAACGCAAUCAGCCCUACCUAAGGCCGUUGACGACUUUUGGCGUCGAAAACAAGCGGGAUUCGCUGGUUACCAGUGAAGGAUGGCGUGCACUCCAAGAUAUCAAUAUUAAAGAAGGCCUAGUUGGGCUUUCCCCCGAGCCUACACACACGUCACAUAGCAUCCAAUGGAAUAACCGAGUGUUUAAGGGAAUUAAAACUCAUCUUUGGACUCCAAGUUCGGCAAUGGUGACGUGCCCCGGAAGCAUGACGGAUGGUGCUGCAAGCCUACUCAGCAAGCACCUUGAUGAUGAAAAUGGCAGGAUCUUUGCCGAAGCUCUGAGAAGGCUUGUCAGUCGAGAUCCAGCUAUCGCCUGGACUAGUGGACAGUGGAUGACAGAGCGCAAGGGAGGAAGCGAUGUACGCGGCACGGAAACAGUUGCCCGGAAACUGACAGCCCAAGAGAUGGCUGAGGAUAACGGGGUUGACUCCGCUGGCAUGCCAUUAGGCCCAUGGCGGCUUGACGGAUUUAAAUGGUUCUCUUCCGCUACCGAUGCAAACAUGUCAAUUAUGCUAGCCAAGACAGGGGAAAAUUCUAUCAGCGCCUUUUAUGCACCAUUAAGGAGACGGGCUAAAGGCAAAGAUUACGAAGAAACAGAACUCAACGGUGUCCGUAUCCAGCGAUUAAAGAACAAAUUUGGCACAAAAGCUCUUCCCACAGCAGAGUUGGAGAUAAAGGGUAUGAGAGGCUACCUUGUUGGAAAAGAAGGACAAGGUGUAAAGGAGAUCUCGACUAUUCUCAACAUCACCAGAACUGGGAACUCCAUCGCCGCAGUCAGCUACUGGGGGAGGUCACUAGCUAUCUGUCGGGCUUACUCGAAAGUGAGAAUAACCAAUGGCAGAAGUCUCCAAGCCACACCAUCAUACGUGAGAACACUGGCAAAAGACCACGUCAAAUAUGCAGCAAGCAUGCACCUAGCGUUCUUCAUAGUCGCUCUUCUCGGUAUAUCUGAAGGCGGCAGCAGUGCCUCCUCCAUGGCAGCCCAAGUCCAUAUAUUUCCAAAGGAUAAAAGCCAUAGCCUUGCAUUGCUCCGACUACUCACGCCCAUGGCCAAAGCGCGGACUGCGCUACGCGCAAUAAAAGGGGUAAGAGCCAGCAUGGAAAACCUCGGUGGUAUCGGCUACCUUGAGAACGAAGACCCAAUGCUAAACGUCGCAAGGAUUUUCCGUGACACCUGUGUCCUGAGCAUCUGGGAAGGGACCACAGAGGUAAUGGCUGACGAUCUCAUGCGAGUGGUGAAAGGCAAGCAGGCUUCUGACUGUUUGAAUGCAUUGGAUAAAUGGGUAUCCCGUGCACUGAGUGUAGCUAGAGCACAGUCAUUCGAAGUCGAAGCGGCAGCCCUUCAACAAAUAUGGGCUGACUUUUUAUCUGAUGCUCAAUCAAAGGAUAGGGAGGAACUCAAUUGGCAUGGCAGAAGGUGUCUGAAGGUUUUAGAACGGCUUGUAUGCGGGUGUUUGCUCAUUUUGGACGCGUCUAGAGAUGGCAACGAUCUUGCUAGAGAGAUUGCAAAACGUUGGAUCCUCAAGGAUACCCGAUACCAAACGUCAUGGAAGGAUGAAGCUGACUGGGAUAGUCGAAUUGUAUAUGGCGGCGACUGUACCAAGCGGGUAAAUGCUCGUUUAUAA